UCAAAAUGGCUUGAAGUCAGCAGUGUGUGUUGUGUGAGAGAGGAACACACACGAAAAGACAAGAACAGAAGAGCUGAAUGCGGAUUACAAUGUGUGCGAUGCUAGAGAUUGGAGGAAAUAUUAACAGCUUUUUCUGAAUCUCUCUCCAUCCCUCUCUUGUUCGCCAAUCCUUCUCUUCCUUUUUGAAAUAGCAUUCAGCUAAGUGCCUCUGCAGCAGCAGUCAGAGUGAUCUCACCUCAAGAGUGCACCAGGAUUGUGAAUAUACAAGAGUGAGUAAGGACUUUGUUGGGAACUCACAGCCAGAGAGAGAGAGAGAGAGAGAGAGAGAGAGAGAGAGAGAGAGGAGAGAGUGAGAGAGUGAGAGAGAGAGAGAGAGAGAGAGAGAGAGAGAGAGAGAGAGAGAGAGAGAGAGAGAGAGAGAGUGGGACUCAGUGUGGACCUGAGGGAGACAGGAGAGCCGAAAAGGUAAGAUGAGUGUAAACAAUGGUCACACUCUGACCACUCGUGGACAGGACUUGACCAGCAGCAGCCACCGAGCCCUCUUGGAAGACGCUAGGAAGCUGUUGAAGCCCUCCACCCCCACCAGGAAACCUCAACCACCCAAGCCGGAGAAUGCCGUCACCAUCGGCGUGUCGGCAAGAGUCAUGUUCAACAUGGAGAAGGAGCAGCAGAUCUACGAGCAGCAGGGCCUGGAAGACUACAUCAAGUAUCAGGUGGAGCAUGAAACACAGCCUUUCAGCCCCGGUCCCGCCUUCUCCUUUGUCAAGGCUCUGGAGGCGGUGAACACUCGACUGAGGGAGCUUUACCCCGAGAGCGAGGAGCUCUUUGAUGUUGUGCUCAUGACCAACAACCACGCAUACGUCGGCCUCAGACUCAUCAAUACCAUCAAUCAUCACCAGUUGUUCAUCGAGCGCUUCUGUAUGACCGGGGGAAACAGUCCCAUAGGCUACUUGAAGGCCUACCACACUAACCUGUACCUGUCUGCUGAUCCAGUCAAGGUUCGAGAAGCUCUGGAAGAAGGUAUAGCAGCAGCCACCAUGUUCACCCCAGAGAAGAUGACUGAAGUGUCGGAGACCCAGCUGCGUGUCGCCUUCGAUGGUGACGCUGUGCUCUUCUCUGAUGAGUCUGAGCGCAUUUACAAGGCUCAUGGACUGGACAAGUUCUUUGAGCACGAGAAGGCGCACGAGAACAAGCCUCUGGACCAUGGACCAUUGAAAGGUUUCCUGGAGGCUUUAGGAAAGCUGCAGAAGAAGUUUUAUGGCAAAGGCCAGCGCAUGGACUGCCCCAUCCGGACCUAUUUGGUGACUGCUCGCAGCGCAGCCAGCUCUGGAACCAGAGCCCUAAAAACUCUGCGCUCAUGGGGUCUGGAGAUCGAUGAAGCCCUCUUUCUUGCAGGGGCACCCAAGGGCCCCAUGCUUGAGAAGAUCAGGCCACACAUUUUCUUUGAUGACCAGAUGUUUCAUGUGGAGGGGGCAGCGGAAAUGGGGACAGUAGCGUGCCACGUGCCCUAUGGGAUAGCUCAGAGAGUUGCCAGGAAAGGAAUUAAUGACAAAGAGACUUCUUCAUCACUCAAGUAGUAUCACUGAGACUGAAGGGACAUUUCGUUCGUGCUUUCAGCAGCUGAGGAUGUUAUAACUGUUUAAAACUAUGAAACAAUGUCCUGAAAAUGGGUUGAGAAUGUAACACAGCCCAGUUGAUGCAAUACGCCUUGUAUGUUAUGUAAUGAUUGAUUUCUUUCAUUAGCAGUUCAUGACAUCUCAGCUCUAUUUUAUCCAUUGGAUUUUACAUUAUCAGUUAAGAGGUACAACUUUCUAACAAGGGCUCUAAUAACCCUUUAUAAACUGUUCAUAAGUUGUAACUAAUGGCUUAAUACGAUUGUUUGGGGGGCAGCUUGUAUGACCGUGUACCUUGUGGAAAAGGGCUGCAGAGGAUCGAGAUCAAAAUCCAUUUAUUAACCACUUAAUGAUUUACUAACUUAACUGCAUUGUUACUAAAUAGACGGGAUAAACACCAGCCAAAGGGAUUAUUCACAACCUGCUCACCUACAUUUGUUCUUAUUCAUGGAUUAUGACUGUUCUACACAGCAUUAGUAAAUCAUUCUUUCACCAUUAAUGAAGCCAUUAGUUACAACUUGUAAAGACUUUAUGAAGAUCGUCUUAUUAGAAUGUGGCACCCAAUAUCAGUAGGACAAUGACCUCACAUACAGCAACCUCCUGUAUUAUUUCUAUAUUCAAACUACGUCCGUAAACAUUAUAUAUCCCUUUAGAAAGAGAUAAAAAAAAAGCCAAUCAAAAGAAAGUAUAUCUAAAGUCAAGCAGAACCAAAUAUCAGAAAUAAAACAUGUAAAAUUCUAAACAAUAUUAGUUUAGAAACAUGAAGUGAUUUCAUAUAAUCUUUGAUAAACAUGGAGAAUGCAGCUGGAAGUGCUAACUUCAGUAGAAGCUGCACAUCUGCACUGGAGACAAGUAAUCAGUCACUUUAAGCAUCUUCAUUUGGAUUUAUACAGUUUUAUCACUUUACUGCUCGUCUGUGUGUUGGAGAGUUUUUAAAACUGGUGCCUUUAUUGUCAAAGCUGCAUGUUGUUGGUUUAUGUAUGUUGUACUUGUGGUUGUUUGAACAAUGUCUUUUAAGAUUGCAAGUUGGUGAAAUUGUAAUAUAGAUUACUUUUCAUUUAUUUUAUAUUAUUUCUUGUUCAAGACAAUAAUGAUACAUUUGUACAUUCAGCACUUAUUGACAUGCAUUGUGUAUCAUUUUUAUUUCUGCUGAUUUUCCCUAAAGUGCAAAAGGUUCUGUGUC